CUCGCCUCGGCCCAGCCUCGGGGUCCCGGGCGGAGGGUUCCACUGUCCGAGGGGUCCGCACCUCUGUGCUCCUCCACGGUCCCGGCUGCGCGGAUCCGGGAUGCGCCGCGCCUGCUGCGGGUCCUCAUUAUGGAGCCCAAACGCCUGGAGAUUCCCGGCAGCGUCCUGGAUGAUCUCUGCAGCCGAUUUAUUUUGCAUAUUCCUAGUGAAGAAAGAGACAAUGCAAUCCGAGUGUGCUUCCAGAUUGAACUUGCCCAUUGGUUUUACUUGGAUUUCUACAUGCAGAACACACCAGGAUUACCUCAGUGCGGGAUAAGAGACUUUGCCAAAGCUGUUUUCAGUCACUGUCCAUUUCUGCUGCCACAAGGUGAAGAUGUGGAAAAAAUUUUGGAUGAAUGGAAGGAAUAUAAAAUGGGAGUCCCAACUUACGGUGCAAUUAUUCUCGAUGAGACACUGGAGAACGUACUGCUGGUUCAGGGGUACCUGGCAAAGUCAGGCUGGGGAUUUCCAAAAGGAAAAGUAAAUAAAGAAGAAGCACCUCAUGACUGUGCAGCUAGAGAGGUCUUCGAGGAAACUGGUUUUGAUAUAAAAGACUAUAUUUGUAAGGAUGAUUACAUUGAACUUCGAAUCAAUGACCAGCUUGCUCGCUUGUACAUCAUUCCAGGAGUCCCAAAAGACACAAAAUUUAACCCCAAAACCAGAAGAGAAAUUAGGAAUAUUGAGUGGUUCUCCAUUGAGAAAUUGCCCUGUCAUAGAAAUGAUAUGACUCCCAAGUCCAAGCUUGGCUUGGCACCUAAUAAGUUUUUUAUGGCCAUUCCCUUUAUCAGACCACUAAGGGACUGGCUGUCUCGAAGAUUUGGAGAUUCCUCGGACAGUGACAAUGGGUUUUCCUCAGCUGGUAGUACACCAGCUAGACCCACCGUGGAAAAGUUGAGUCGAACAAAAUUCCGCCACAGCCAGCAGCUGUUUCCUGAAGGUUCUCCGAGUGACCAGUGGGUAAAGCACAGGCCGCCACUGCAGCAGAAGCCGCACAGUAACCAUGCGGAGGUGUCGGACCUUCUCAAAGCAAAGAAUCAAAAUAUGAGAGGGAAUGGCAGAAAACAGUAUCAAGACUCACCUAAUCAAAAGAAGAGAGCGAACGGAGUUCAUGGUCAGCCAGCAAAGCAGCAGAAUCCCUUGAUGAAAUGUGAAAAGAAGCUGCAUCCACGAAAACUUCAGGACAACUUCGAGACAGAUGCCACAUGUGACUUGCCUUGUUCUGGUGAAGAGCUGUUGGUAGAACAUGCUGAGGGACAUUCUGUGGCAUGCAAUGGACAUUGCAAGUUCCCAUUUUCAUCCAGAACCUUUCUGAGUUUCAAGUUUGACCAAAAUGCUAUAAUGAAAAUCUUGGACCUUUGAUCCAGCAAGUGUAUUGCAGAAGUCCCUCGAUCUGAGACCUGUUGCAUGUGAGUGGCUGUCUCCUCAAGCCUUACCUUUCUCAGGUAUCUGAAAGAAGUGCAGGGAGGCCAUAUUUCUAAAGAGAUGUUCUGUACAGAUAAGAAACUAGAAAGAAACACAAGUUUGCACUGUAAAUGCAGUUAGAACUUUUUAUAUGGAUUUACCGUUUCAGUGUUUGGAACCAAGUUUUAGUUACCUGUGUUUUUUUGUCUCUCCCUUAUUUUGCGUGACUGUGUUUUGUUUUAUAUUCUGAUCAAGAGUUGUUUUGAUUGCAUCAUCAGCAAGUAGCCAUGUCGAUAGGAGUGUUUCACCUCCCCAUCUUAGUGAUUGCAAAAAGCUUGCUUAUUGAAAACUUAAAGGAACUUAAAACUCCAGUUACCAAUGAACUGGGCAUCGGAGCUGAACCGUGAGGUGAGGAUGCAGGCGUUUGCUCAUCUCUGCCUCUAACCACAGAGUCUAACCCCUCCAACUGGAGUUGCACAGUGAACCUAGAGCACUUCAUCAGGACCACAUCCACAGCCUGAAGAGGGAUGGAGUCAGUGGGGAGCUGAUGCUAUAAUGUUGAGCUAUGAUGUUUGCUGUCAAAAAACCUGUGAGUGCUGGAGCAGAAAGCAUGGAAGCCAGUAACUGGCAGUUACUCCAGGUCAUGCCUUGACUAUCCUGCCUCCAUCUGUUCAGUAUUGUGCCAGGAUUAUGCUCGUGUAAAACGUCUAUACGUAUUCUAGUUGUGUGAGUCUGUGUGAAAAACUUCAUUCUUAGUUCUAUAUUGCAUCUCAGUGUUGAUCUGUGUAAGCUGAUAUAUUAGGUUCCAGUUUGCAGUAAUACUAGAGUGACAUGCUUUUAAUUAUUGUCUUGAAGCCCCUGGGUUACAAAGUGAGAAAGAAGGGGUUCUGCAGUUUACCCAGUACCAGUAAAUACAGCAUGUCACUAGGGGACCGACCCUUGAAGUAAUGUACUUAGAUACACAUAGGAAUGUAUUUUGUAUUUUGCUCCUUCAGAAUUCUUAAACCAAACACUGGUGACAGUGCCCAUUUUGCAGAGGAUCGCCUGUUGUUGAGGACAAUCACCAGAGCUUUAAGGAGGCAAUAUGAUGUUGGCUGCCCCUGACCUCGCUGAGAAUCUCUUCUGGGGCAGACCUGGCUGUUAGAGUGCAUGUGUACACGUGCAUCUGUCGUGUGUGGUUUUAACAAGUGGUAGCCACAAAGUAUAUCUCUGCGUAUAAAUAGUACUAUAGAAAUCUUUAUUCUGUAUAUGUAGCCUAUUUAAUUGGGGUUCUACCUAGCCCCAUGGAACUUUAAAAAGAAGGGCUAUUAUUGUAAGGAAUUCACUUGGUAUUACUACUUUGCUUUAGCUUUUAAAUGACUGAUUUUAAAGAAGAAAUUAUAUUUAUUCAUGAAAGUGUCACUUGGUGCUAAGCAGGAGACUUCACAGUGAGACAGUAUGUUUGGAAUCUUCUAUGCGACUACUUUGUGAAUCCUUCUGUGACCUUUGCUUUUUACUUCAUUCUAUGAUUGUGUUUGGAAGCCCUUACUGUUCUUGUCAGAAAUGCAGCUGCUUUGCUUGGGUCUUCUUGAGCCAUAUUUAUAGUUGGUCCCAGCAUUCCAGAUUGCUGUUAAAUGGUUAAGGGAGUGAAAACUGAAGCUUGCCUGGCAGAGAGCCACUGUCACUCCCUGACUGUCACCGAGAAACCAUUUAGUCUGUGUGUGUGUGUGUGUGUGUGUGUGUGUGUGUGUGUGUGUGUGAGAGAGAGAGAGAGA